AUGACGCAGACCGGGCGUAAAAGAGCUGCCCCCUCCGACAAAGUCUGGGCGACGCUCAUCACCAACCUCGACUACCUCGCCGGCGUCCUCACCCUGCACCAUUCCCUCCUCCAAGUCCGAUCCGCCUAUCCUCUCCUCGCGCUAUACACUGACACCUUUCCCGCCACUGGGCUCGCCGCCCUCGCCGCUCGGGGGGUUCCCGCGCAGCGUGUCGACCACCUCACCCCGUCGGCCGGCUCGCGCGACUUCUCCGCCGAUCCUCGCUUCGCUGACACAUUUACCAAGCUCGCCACGUUUUCCCUCGCCGAGUACGACCGCAUCGUGCAGCUCGAUUCAGACAUGCUCGUGGUGCGCAACAUGGACGAGCUCAUGGAUAUCCCGCUCGACGACCCAGCGCUUAGCGAGAACGGAACGAAAGAAACGUCGGCAAGAGUCUUUGCCGCCAGUCAUGUCUGCGCAUGCAAUCCAUUGAAGAGGUCGCAUUACCCUAAGACGUGGGUCAAGGAGAAUUGCGCAUUUACGAGCCAAGCGGCCGAUCCGGAGAACGCGCAGCGCGAAGGCGCGGAUCCGCGCGGGCGAGCCGUGGCCAUGAUGAACGGCGGACUGGCGGUGCUGCGCCCGUCCAAGGCGCUGUAUCAGCAGAUUGUCGACAAGAUUGAAAAGGAUGGCCACGACAUGUACUUUCCUGACCAGGAGGUCGUGUCGGAGCUGUGGCGGGACCGCUGGGUGGCCUUGCCGUAUGUGUACAAUGCGCUCAAGACGAUGCGCAGGAAAGGCGUGCACGACGAUAUCUGGCGAGAUGACGAGGUAAAAAACGUGCAUUAUAUCCUGAGCCCGAAGCCAUGGAAUGAGGUGGACGAGCAGGGCAAUUACACGGGCGAGGAUGAGACGCAUCAGUGGUGGGUGGCGGCGAAUCAGAAGCGAAAGAAGGAUGAGAAGAUGAGAGGAAUAGCGGAUGGUUAUUGA